UCUUCAUGUUGCUCCUGUGAGAGACGCGCCAAGACUUCCAAAGAUCUUAGUCCCGCCUUCGGCCUGCCUGCCUCUCUCUCCAGACACUUGCCCAGCACACUCAACAUCCACCAGCCUCUCGAACCCACAAAACUCUACAAACCCACGGUCAUCAAGAUGGAGUCCAUCACCCAGCAAAAACCCGUCACAGUCAUCAUCGACAACCUCGGCAAAAGCAUCGCCUUCACAACUACCAAAGAUGCGCCUCUCAACACCAUCUAUGAGACCCUCUACGAACGCGCACCAUGGGUGCAAAACUCAUCCUACAUCCUCACAACAAAUUCGCGUCGGCUCGUCCGUCACGAGGGCUCCAUCGACACACUGUUGUCAUCGAACGAUGAUACUUUCCUGCCUCUCCGUCUCACAGUCCCGCUAUGCGGUGGCAAGGGUGGUUUCGGCUCCAUCCUGCGUGCACAGGGUGGCCGCAUGUCGUCGCGGAAGAAGAAGCAGGGCGAAGUGAACGGAUCCUCGCGUAACCUGGAUGGUCGACGUCUGCGUACCGUGGCGGAAGCGAAGACGCUCGCGGAGUACCUUGCCAUCAAGCCUGAGAUGGACAAGAAGGAGAAGGAAGAGCGGAAGCAGCGCUGGGAGGAUAUUGUUGCCAGCACUGAGCGGAAGCAGGAGGAACUGAUCAACGGUAGAGGCAUGGCGCGGUUGGACGGGCAGUGGGUGGAAGACAAGCAGGAAGCUGAGAACAAGACGAGGGAGGCUAUUGAGAAGAUGCUCAUGGCACAACGCUCGAGCUCGGAGGAGGAUGAUGAUGAUGAGAUCCCGGUAGCAGGACCGGUGAAACCGGUUAGCUCAUCCAAGCCGGCACAGCAGAAGGCCAUGUUCGGAUGGGACGAGGACGAUGAGUUCUUGAGUGACAGCGAUGAGGAAGAAGAGGUUUCGGAGGAGGAACAACCAGCCUACGAAGGGAAAGGGAAAGGGAAAGCUGCAUGA